ACAUCUACACAAUGGGAGAAUUCAGGGCCCCGUUGCCCAUAGCAGAGUUUUGGAACUUCUGAAAGUGAAGAAAGACAGCCCUGUUUGCGAUGGUGGAUAUUCGGCCUUGGUUGCAGGAGCUGUAUGCUCCUGCAGUGCUCGUUGCAUCCACUCCAGCUGCAGAGGCUCUCAUACAAAGCAAAAAUGGACUCGGGCUGGUUGACCUGCUCCGCCCCUACGCUAGCGCGUUUGGGCUCAAUGUGCCUGUACGGGUUGGGGAGACAUCCGUGCGCGUUCAGGACCUGCGCGUGCGCUUCUUCGACGUGGCGACGCUGUAUCAGCCACCGCCGGAGGUGAUUGAGGAGCACCUGCAGGAGGUGCUCAAGGUGUCCUCGCAGCGCAGCGCCAAGCUGGACCCCUCCCCGGACCUGCUGCAACGCUUCAUGUCGGACAACCCGCCCGACAUGCGGGAGCUGACGCCGUGGUUCGAGGCGUACCGCUCGGAGUUCAUGCGCCUGUUGCGCUUCGGCGACCAUGAGACGCUUGACUACCCCGUGGCAUGCGUGUACGCCAUCCCGGCGGACGUGCAGAACCCCGCCUCGCACUUUGACACGCUGGUGGCGCAGCUGGCGCCGCCGCCGCUGAUGCAGCAGGACGUGAUGUACACACUGCGUGACAAGGACUUCCCGCGCCACUACCUUCUGCUGCUGGACUCGUCCACCGGCAUGAACGAAAAGAGGGCCAUGGACAACCUGACAGCAAUACGGCGGCUGUACGGGGAGGCGCACUGCUCCAUCCUGCGCAUCAACUCGGGCAACGGCGACCGAGCGCACAGCGGCGCACCAGUGGACUUCUUCGCGCGCUACCAGUUCACAUGCCUCUCCAGCGGCGGCGCGGGCGAGCCGCGGCUGAGGCCGCCGCCGCCCCCGGGCGGCGUCGGCGCCUACCUGACCGUGCAGGACCUGGACUCUGUGGGCGGCUUCGUGCGCGAGUUCUUGUGCCGCACCCUGCUACCCAAGCUGGAGGACCGCAUUGCGCGCCUCAACGCCUCCAUCACCGCCGCGCGCCGCGGCCUGCGCAACCGGCUGAACCGAUUCUGGAAGGGGGCCGCCGAGGACCGCCAGACGGACAGGCCGUACCCGUGGCACAGCGUGGAGGGCCAGAUGCGGCAGCUUGGCGACCUGGCCUUCCUCAUGCGCCAGUACCCCUUCGCCGAGUCCACCUACAGACUGGCGGCGCAGGACUACCAGGCGGAGGGCAACAGCAAAUGGUACGCCGGCGUGGAGGAGAUGAUUGGGCUGUGCAGCGUGCUGGGCGAGCCGGUGGACCCCAUCGCGGCUGUGCUGCUCCAAAACGACCCCAUGAAAUACUUCAUGCGGGCGUAUGAGCACUACACCAAGCCGCCGGCCGCCGUGCUGGCUGCCGCCGCGCCGCCCGGCUCUGGCGGCAGCGCCGUCGGCGCCCCCGGCUCGGGCCCGCCGCUGCCACCUGCGGCGCUGGCAGCCUCCAAGAUCGGUCGCAUGCUGGCCACGCGGGUGGUAAUGCUGGGCGCGGCGGUGCAAUGCGCGGCGGGGCGGUACCGCGCCGCCAGCGACGCGCUCAUGCGUGCGCAGUCGGAGGAGGAGAACGCGCGGGCGGGGCUGCUGCUGGAGCAGUCGGCCUACUGCAUGUUGUACAUCCGGCCUCCGCUGGUGCGCAAGUUCGCGUUCCAGAUGGUGCUGGCGGGCAUCCGCUACAUCUGCUGCGGCCAGAAGCGCAUCGCCAUCCACGCCUACCGCCAGGUGCUGGCGCAGUACCUUGGCCGCCGCUGGAAGUACAUAGAGGAGCACUUGCACGCCGUGCUGGGCGCGCAGUGCGUCGAGUAUGGUGACAAGGACCGGGCGCUGUGGCACUACUGCGCGCUGCUGGACUGCGGGCACCGGCCGGCGGCGCAGCAGCAGCACAAUGUCGGCCAGUUCCUCAACCUGCUGGCAGGCGUGCGGGACCAGCUGGCCAUUGCACACGACGGCGUGAGCCUGGUGGACAGCCUGCCGCUGCCGCUGGUGAACCGCCACGACGUGCGGGUGCUGUGCAGCGACACCGCGUGCUACUCUGGCCCCGCGGCGAGGGCGGUGCCCGAGAGCUCGUGGCUCAAGAUGGAGGCCUGCUGCACCAGCGGCUCCAACAAUUGGCUGGUGGAGGGCGGCGGCGCCAAGCAGGAGCGGGACCACGAGGAGUACACCAUGUGUGUGAGCGGCGAGGAGGUGGGCGUGCAGGUGGAGUUCCGCAACCCCCUGGCCGUCAAGCUCAAGGUGUCCAACGUGCGCCUCAUCUGCAACUUCACGCACGAAAGCGACCCCAGCGCAGCCGGCAAAGGCCCCGUGGCUAUCCCGGACAGCAGCAACACCUCCACCUUCGCAGCGACCGGCGCCAGCAGCAGCAGCCAAAGCAGCAACCCGCUGGCGGACGGCUCGCACCCGCUGUUGCCGGGCGCGGCGCCGCCGGCCAUUAGCACGCAGCCGGGCAGCGAAUACCUACAUGUGGCCGAGGCCCAGUUCACGCUGCACCCGGGCGAGGCACUGGUGGAGGUGCUCAAGGUGCUGCCGCGUGCGCCGGGCUGGCUGCGCAUCACGGGCGUGACGUGGACGCUAAACGGCACCGCGCACGGCCGCAUCACCUUUGACGUGAAGGGCCGCCGUCGGAAGAAGCCCAAGGGCGAACGGCCCGGGCAGCUGAAACACUUCCCGCCGCACCGGCGGCUGCUGUUCCAGGUGGUGCCGGCCAUGCCGCGCCUGGAGCUGCUGGGCGACCCGCUGCCGCCGGCGUUGUACUCUGGCGAGCUUUGCAGGGUGCUCAUGCGCAUCCGUAACUCGGGCGGGCUGCCGCUGCGGUCUCUGGCGCUGGUGGUGGGGCACCCCGAGGCGGUGGUGCCGGCCACUGACGCCAACAAGGACCGACCGCUGCUGGACAGCCUCACGGACCACCGCGAGGUGGUGCAGCUGAGCAAGGUGCCCGCCAGCGCGCGUGGCACCCUGCAGCUGUACCGCCUGUGGCCGGGACGCGAGCUGGCGCCGGGUGAGGUGCUGGAGUGGCCGCUGUGGCUGCACCCGCGGGGCCAGGGCACACUCAAGCUGCCCAUCGUAUGGUACGGCGAGCCGGCGGCGCCCAAGAGUGGCAUGCGGCACCGCACGCUGCGCAUCUGCGGCAGCGUAUCAGUGCAGCCGCUGCUGAGCGCGCGGCCGGUGGUGUGGCCAUCGCCCACGCACUUGUCGCAGUACCUGCUGCGCUUGGGCGUGGACAACAGCAAGGACGCGGAGCGUGUGGUGUUGCAGCAGCUGGCGGCGGUGACGGUGCCGCCGCUGCCGCCACACCACGUGGCUGGCGCCUCGGGCGUCGACACACCUGCCACGCCCACCAACACGCCGCGGCCGGUGCCGGUGGGCUGGCGCAUGAGCAUGCUGGGUGACACCGUGGGCGCGCCCGCCAGCUCCGCCGCCUCCACCGCCGGCCUUCCCGGCAACGCCACGCCUGAUGGCGCGCCCUCGACGACAGGCGCCUCCGCGGCUGCCGCCCGGAGCCUGCCGCUGGCAGUGCCGCUGCAGCCCGGCGAGUCAGCAGGGCUGUUCCUGCAGCUGCUGGCGCCGCCGCCGGCUGCGCAGCAGCUGCGUCAGGCGGUGGGCUCAUCAGCAUCAGUAGCGGCGACAGGCGGCAUGUCGGGCGUGACGGGCGGCGCCGGCACUGGCAUCAGCCAACCGCCCAGCGGCCUGGCGACGCCUGGGCGAGCAGACGACCCGUCGGCGGUGGCGGCACGCGCGGUGGCGCAGGCUGCGGAGGCUGUGCGCUCGUUAGCGCUGGCGGAGGGCGGUGCUAAUGGUGCAGGGCCGACUGGCCGGGCAUCACCGUACGUGGACGGCUCAGACUCGGGGCUGCAGCAACUGAACCUGUUUGGCCCCGGCGUGUUGGCGCACUUCUAUCGCCGCGGGCGCAGGGGCAUGGUGGCGGCAACGCCCAGCCUGGGUGCAGCAGCGGCCACGACACCGGGUGGGCUGCCGCAGCAGCGCACAGGCGGCGUGGCGACGCCCGGCAUGGCGACGUUGCAGCAGCCGUUGCUGCCCGGCGGGCUGCCGCCGGCGCUGGGCCAGUCCGUCAGCUUCAGCCCUCAGACGCAAGGUGUGGGUGCUCCGGGCGGCCCCAUGCGCGGGGCGUCCUUCGGCCCCACAAACACCACUGCGGCCGGUGGGUUUCAGGGGCCUGGACCUCUGGGCCCAGUGGGCCCCGGCCGGCCAGCGAUGCCGCCGGGUGCUAUCGGCCCAGGAGGCGGAGGGAUGGUGCCGGCGGGGCAGGGGCAGGCGGCGGUGGCGGCGGUGGGCCCGGGCCGGCCUGGGCCACCACUGAUGUUGGCGGACCCGCCUCUUGACCUGCUGCUGUUGUGGCACGUGGCGUCCAGCCAGCGCACGGGGGCGCACCAGGGCCGGCAGCGGCUGGGGCUGUGCCGCCCCUACGACCCGCAGUCCAACCGCGACCUGUCGGGCUGCAUUCAGGCGCAUACCACGCCGGUGCGCAUGCUGCUGACCGGCCCCAACGGUGCUAGCAGCGCGGCCAGCGCCACGGGCUCGGCGGGCCCCGUGGUGCGGCACGAUUUCCGGCGCAGCCCGCUGGCGGUGCUGCCGCUGCGGCUACUGGUUCGCAACAACACUGCGCUGGAGGCACGGUUGCAGAUCGAGGUCGGCGAGGGCUGGAACUCCAACGACGCUCCGCACAGCUGGCAGGCUUCCACCAGCCUGCUGGGCACCAGCCACGCAGUUGCGCCCGUCGGGGCCCCUGGCAGCCUGGGGCAGCCCGGCGUGGGCGCUGCCGGGCCCAGCCCGGUCAGUGCGGGCCCCACCGGCGGCAAUGGACCGCUGGGGCAGUCGGUGAUGGCAGGGGCGCCGGGCGGCGGCGGUGGCGCGGGCGGCGGCGGCAUGGGCAGCAGCAUGAUGGCCAUCACGUACCAGGCGGGGCUGCCGCCUUGCCCUGAAUACACCUGGGUGGGGCCGUCGUUCGUGUCAGUGCCGCGCGUGCAACCCGGCGGCGAGGCGGAGGUGACGCUGGCGGUGUCUGUAUUCCGGCCGGGCGCCUACAGCAUCAGCGGCUACCGCUGCACCGCCUUCCUGGAGGCGACCGGCGCGGUGGAGGUGCAGCGCGGCGAGCCGCUGUGCUUCCGGGUGGAGGGCGCCUAGAGCUGCUGUCGUCGGCUGCUGUGGCUGGCCGGCGUUUGAAUGCGACAACUGAAAAGGACGCGUACCAGUAAGGCGAAUGUGUUGGUUGGUCGGAGCUGGCGGUAGUGCGAUGGGACAGUGGGCGGGCGAGGUCGUGACCUACGGGAG